CUUAAUAUUCACACUAACUUUACUAUACAUUACUUUUUCUUCUGCAUUUCUUUUGUUUGUAGAAAAAGACUCGAGUUUAAGCUCUUGAUGACUCGCACUCGCACGCUGAAACGCACGUGAUUGUUCUUUUAAUUGCAAAUUUUCUGAUCAACUUGGAGUCGACUUUUCCCCAGCGAACUAAGCAAGCAACAGACUAUUAUAUUUGUCUUCAAUCAAUUUUUUAAGUCGAACUAAUAAAAUUCUAAUUUAAAGAUUGAGUGUGAUAAUUUUUCUCGACGUUUUUAUUAGGGAAAAGUCUACUCCGAAUUCAUGAAAAUGAGAUUUGGGACACUUUAUAUCCGAAUGUUAUGUAAAACUGCUUUAAAAUGUGUGUGUUCGACAGUUAUCGGUAGAAAGUUUCGUUCGUUCUCUUUUGUUGAUUAUUUGGAGAUUUCGGUCGCUUUGAAAAUCUGGGUGAAUCCAGAAAUAACCGGCGAUCAUAGGAGACGAUAUAUAUCUAGGGUGCCGCAGAAAUAUCUGCCGUGGCCAAAGUUUUAAAUUAUCGGGCGAAACUUCCAAAAAGCUUUUACCUCUCUCCCUAUUUGCCUCCGCGCACGUCAACUUUAUGCCGCUUCUCGAGAGCGCACAUUUAUGCGCUCGCUCUAGCUGGACGAAGUUUCCAUUCUUUGCUUUGUCUUCCGCGUAAGACAAAGACUUACGUUUGAGGCCGCUCCCCUUUUCGAGCUAUUUCCUUUCUCGGCUGUUUGCCGAGAUAUCUGUCCAGUCAAACUUCCCGUUAAUAGCUUUAAAUUUUGCGAAUUCGUUUAAAGAUAGAAUAAUUUUCCGCACUACGCUUAAACUCGAAAGAUUUUCGGGCGAAUUUAUCGCACGCUUGUUCGAUGUGUAAAAGUAUACAUUUGAGAAUUAUGUAACAUAAUUGCAAAUUGUUACGAGAAAACGCGUAACACGCGAUGAUAUAUUAUUUAUUAGCCGGGGGAUAUAAGAGUCGCGAACGGUCGACAGUUAAGUGAUGUGCUGCGUUGUAGGGGUCGACUAUAGAACAGUGCCCCGAGCGAACUUGGAGCAUCGCUUUCCGCAUUCUGCUCAGUUCGUAUAUUCGAUAGUAUAAACACACGAUUUGUGCAUGAAAUUUUCGGACAAAAGUCCACAAGGCUAUUAACCUAUAAUUUUUUACUAUUGAUAUUCAAUUAUUUAUGUAGAAAAUAAAUAAGAAUAACGAGGAAAGUAAUUUGUUAAUGAAAUGAUGGAAUAAUUAUUUUUUCUUUUAAUUAUAUUUAUUAUUUUCUACAUGUUUUGAAAAAAAUCUAUCUACUUUGAAAUAAAAAAUUGCCGCGAUGUCGAGGAUAUAGCACAGUAUGAAAAAUAAAGCGGUAAAAAUAAAAAUUGCACGACUGAAAAUAGAGAUGAGAUCUUAUUAAUAACUGAAUGAUUUCACUGUAGGAUCGGUGCCUCGUUUUCAGGAGCUGGACGUGUACGAAAUUGAACUACAAAACGCAAUUGUACAAACCAAUUUAUCUCAAAGAUCAUUCCGCAACAGCGAGCAUAUCGCUCGCAAUCGCUUUUAUCAGACUUGAAUCUAGAAUCCUCCAAAAGCAAAUUCCUCUCUAUUUACUUCCAACAUUCACUCCAUUUACUGCUCGAGUAAGUCAAAAUGAGAGAACGCGCCGGUAACGCGUCAGUAAAUCAACGAAAUGGCUUCUUUUCUUGCUUCAUUUUAGUCUCAACGAAAAGAAUGCAAUUUAUAGGAGCGUCUCAUCAUUCAUAAAAAUGGAUCUCAAUUACUUCGGACAUACCGGAAACGGCAGUCGAGUUUAGAUUAUGCUAACGGACAGACAGAGAAGGGGGGAGGGGAGAGACAGAGAGAGAGAAACGCGGAGAAGUGCCAUUGAGCGGGCCGAAAGCGAGAAUAUUAAUGCGCUUAUAAAUAAACCGGAGGAAAAAUCUAGCGAAGCGCGCGGUGCAGAGCGCGGCUCCGGCGCGGCGUGGCGCGCCUCUGCACGCCGCCGGCCAAGAAACCACGGUAGGAAGCCGCACGGUUAACUUCGGCUCUCCCGCGUUCCCGAUUUUACAAGACUUACACCCGCGGCCACCCUCCUCGUCACCUUUCGCUUCCUUUUCCCUUUAUCGAUAUUCGAUAGGCGAUUGAACGCGCGGUGCAACGACGCGUCGUAAAACGCGAACGGCCCGAACGGAUCCGCGACGUCCGUGGAAGCGAUUCUGUGGAAACGACGCGGCUCGUCUGCAGAGAUUAAACAACGUGUCGCGGUGAUUGAACGGGAAGAAACGAAGAUUGAGAGAUGUAUGUACGGGAGUGACGUGCGAGUGGAAAUAGGAUCGUUUGAUUACGAGAUGUGAUCGCUGUAACAUGACAGCGCUCGGCUGUGAAGUGUUGUGAAUUGAAACGUUGCAAUAAAUAAGUGACCUUAGAUGUUCUUGCGAUUUUUAUUUAAAUGAAGAGUCCAUCCUUAAUGUUUCAUCCACGUCAGUCGCGAAUCGCUCGGUACAUAAAAUUUUUACGCGUGUUUAUAUUCUUUAUGGCCUCGACAUGCUGAAAUAAGUUCAAAGGAACUCUCAAAGUAAACGGUUCGUCUUUGUGCCGCGAAAUGACGAGUCAUCUAAAUAAAAAAAUAUAGUCCGCGAGACACGCCGCGCAAUGGAUGACAGCGUCCGCGACUGUGAAUACGUGAAAAUUCGAGGUGGACGCGAGAGGGGACCGUGAGCCAUGCUGAAAAAUCCGUUCAAGUCGGCGAUGGCUUCGACCGAACUCCCGAUGCCACCGAGCCCUGGCGCUAGCAGCCCUUUAGGCUUCGAAACAACACCCCGACCUCGCAAAAAGCUUUCUUUCAAAGAACCGGAGACUUUGAAUUACUUCAAAAUGCGCAAGCCGUCAACGCGUUCCAAGCUGCUACACGCACAAAAUAGCUUUGAUUUAAGUUUCGACGAAAAUCCCUUCGAAGAGGAAAAUGAGAAUCUCGAUGAGCUCGAGAGUCAAGCGAUGAGGGUGGUCAGAACGGUUGGGCAAGCUUUCGAAGUGUGCCAUAAAUUAAGUAUUAACAACACCACCGAGGAUCGAGGAGACAAAGAUGGGGAGAGCCACGGUGAAAAUUACGGUGAUGUUUACGAGGACCAAGACGAAAUUCCUAACGAGCAAUCCCAGCCUUCUCCGCUACCGGUGCAUAAAGACAUAUCACUAUUGGGGGAUACUGAAGAUUCGGUUCCCGAACAAACGUCUGUUACCUGUCUACUUCGAUCAAACGAUGGACCGGCGACGACUUCUACCUCACCAGUUCGACAGUCGCCAUCGGGCACGGUGACCUCCGAGUGCGGAGGUUUAUUGGUGGGAAGCGAAUUAACAGCCCUGAAGCACGAAAUACAGCUUCUACGUGAACGUUUAGAGCAACAGAGUCAACAAACCAGAGCUGCCGUUGCCCAUGCGCGACUUCUUCAGGAUCAGCUGGCGGCGGAAACGGCAGCGCGCGUCGAAGCUCAGGCGAGAACGCACCAACUUCUAGUGCAAAAUAAGGAAUUGCUAGAACAUAUAAGUGCGCUAGUGAGCCACCUGAGGGAACAGGAGCGUGUUUCCGGUGGUCACGUCACCUCGCAGUCGCAAAUACCGACGCCCGCGUCUCUGCAACAAAACGCGGCUGUUUCCGAUUUGCCGAAUCUCGGCCAGUGCCAACGGACUGGAGGGCAGAGUUCGCCAUGGGAACUGGAUCCGCCGACCUUUCCGUACUGCUCGUAUCCACCGGAAUCGCUUUAUUCCGGCAGCCUCGGCGCCAUGGGGCUUCAGGCUAAUAACGCCACCGCCGAUCAAUUGCAGUUCCAAACGCAGCUCUUGGAGAGGCUGCACAACUUGAGUCCGUUCCAGUCUCAGAGAUCGCCCUACAAUACGCCGUCGCCGUACGCGAUGGGCCCGAGUCUACUUCUACCUCCGUGCAGUGGACCGACAAAUUCGGCCCAGUUGUCGCCGAGCUCCGCAUCUUUACGAGUUUCCCAACCGAACAGCUUCUCCUCGUCACCGAUUAUGACUCAUAAGCUCGACAGUUAUGGAACGGAUAAUUCGGACGCGCAGCAGAAUGCUUUCAUAAAGCCGCUGCCGUGCACCAACGACAGAAACAUCAUUCAUUCGUCCACCGAUAUUAAAGCUAAGCAAGAACGCGUUUAUCCGCAGGACGAUAUUCCUCCGAUAAUCUUAGAUCCGCCGCCGCAGGGCAAACGCGUGGACACUACGGUGAAGAAAGCAAGCCCAAAGCAAAGUUCAACGACACUUAGCGCGCAAGACAGCAGGAAUAGUACGCAUAAAAGUCUGGCGACCAUCCUACGAACUUCGGGUCCACCGCCUUCUCGCACAACGAGCGCUCGAUUGCCCUCGCGCAACGAUCUGCUGAGCGAAGUGCAGCGAACGACUUGGGCUCGUCACACAACCAAGUGACUCUGAAUGCUAUGCAAUAAUCUGUGCGAUCUCCCUAUAAAGCUAAUGAGUUUAGAGAAUUUGAAGGAAAACUAUGUCAAAUAUAUCCUAUUAGUUAGACAUUGCGAAAAGUUACGCGUGGCUUGAAAACCUCUGAAUUUCACGGACAACAGGGUUUGCAUUUCCCUCUCGGUUGUUCAAACUCGAAUCCCGAGCAUUGUAUCUAGAAAUUCCCAACAAUAAAAUGUCAUUUCGCGAUGCUUGAAGCUGAAUCGUGCAAAAAACGAUCGUUUAAAUCGUCGAAUAAAAAAAAAUUCGUUGCCAACAAGAAAACUUUGAGAAUACUUUUACAAAGAAUUUUUAUAAAAAAAAAAAAACUUUAAUACGGCUGUCAAUAUAGAGUCAAUAUUAUUGCGUGUAGUGAAGUUCAUGUGACGUUCAUAAAAAUCACGAUUUCAACAGAUUGCAAAAAUUCGUUUGUAUCUUAUAAGUACCAUCUAUGGAGUGUUUUGUAAAAAUUGGAGUAUGACGUAGUCGCGUUUUGGAGAAAUUAGUGGAUGUGCGCGUCUCGAGCGCGUCCGGAAGGGCGAAUUGUAAUACGUAAUUUGUACAUUUAUUCAUGUCGCGACAUUUAACUCCCAUGUGUAAGAAUUUAGCGGGCGAAUCUGUGCCAAAAAGUAUCAAUUAUCAAGAGAGUUUAUUUUCAGUAUAUUUUUAAGUAAUGUAAAUAAAGAUACGCGUGAUCAUAGAUAAA